AUGGCAACUUCAAUUGAUGAUGAGAAGCAUGUGACGUCUACUCCUGCACAAUCAAAAAGUGAAGCCGUGAAUAGUUCAUCAUCAGCUGCUGCAGCUCAUCUGGAUGAUAACUAUGCUUUAUUUCAAGAUGCUAGGGAUAUCGAGGUCGAUCCUCAAGAAGCGAAGAGAGUUCUUCGAAAGAUUGAUAUGCGGCUCAUGCCCAUUCUUUUCAUCACAUAUAUGUUGCAAUAUCUAGACAAGAAUUCCAUCAACUUCUCAAGUGUGUAUGGAUUGCAAAACGGUACUCAUCUGAAAGGACAACAGUAUUCCUGGCUGAGCUCAAUCUUCUACUUCGGCUACCUAUUCUUUCAAUUUCCAUCAGGCUACUUUCUCCAACGCCUUCCUAUUGGAAAAUUUCUCUCUUUGACCACUAUCGCAUGGGGAGUAAUUCUCAUCACAACUCCAGCAUGCGUCUCAUUUGGUGGCAUAGCAACCAAUCGAUUCCUCCUCGGCGCUGUCGAAGCAACCAUAAACCCUGGUUUCGUUCUCCUAAUGUCUAUGUGGUACACCUCCGCCGAACAACCUCUCCGUCUUGAAACCUACUACUGCACUAACGGCAUCGCAACCAUGUUCGGAGGUCUCAUCGGCUACGCUGUUGGACAUAUCACCACCGGUCUCCCAAAAUGGAUGUACGUCUUCCUAAUCUUUGGAGCCAUCUCUAUCUUCUGGGGUGUAAUCUCUCUCGUUUUCCUCCCGGAUCUCCCUUCCACAGCCAAAUUUCUGACGCCCCACGAACGUCUCAUUGCCGUUUCCCGUGUAGCAUCUAAUCGUCAAGGAGUAAAAAAUCAUCAUUUCCAAACCUAUCAAGCAUGGCAAACGGUCAAAGAUCCAAAAACGUGGAUCCUAUUCGUCAUGGCUGUCGGCGCACAAGUUCCCAACUCCGCUCUUACAUCUUUCACAUCUAUCAUUGUGGGAACAUUCGGUUUCGAUACCCUCGGCACUCAAUACCUACAAAUUCCAGGCGGAGCAGUGCAAUUUCUCGCGUUAAUGGUGGGUGGAUACAUAUGCACGAAAUUCCCUCGGAAUUCAAGAUGCAUUACUAUGAUAGUCGCCAACACGAUCUGCAUUCUCGGUUCGGGAUUAUUGGUUGGUCUUCCAAGUAGUAAUAAAUGGGGACGAUUAGUAGCGCUUUGGUUAUGCUAUUUCCAGGGAUUGGGGUUUAGUAUGAGUCUCACUAUGGUGAGUAGUAAUAUUGCGGGGUAUACGAAGAAACAGUUGACGGGGGCGAUCCUGUUUACGGGAUAUUGUGUCGGGAAUAUUGUUGGCCCGCAGACUUUUAUUAAAAGUGAAGCUCCCGGGUAUCACUCAGCGUACAUAGCGAUGCUAGUAGGUUAUUCGGUCAAGCUAGCAAUGGUUGUUGUCUUGUACGUUUACAUGUAUUUAAGCAACAAGAAAAGAGAUGCAGAGCAGGCGGCAAGAGGAGAAAUAAGUGAAGAAGAAGAAAGAGAAGCUGUGGAGAAGGGUAUGAUGGAUAUGACGGAGAUUGAUAAUAGAGGGUUUAGAUAUAUUUUGUAG